AUUCCUCAAAUAAUACCUAUUAAUUGAAUUAUAUCAUUUAUUAUAUUUAUUAUAAUUUUUAUUAUUUUCAAUAUUAUAAAUUAUUAUAUUUUUAUAAAUAAUAAUAAUAAUAAUAAAAAUAAUAAUAUUAAUAAUAAAUUAAUUAAUAAAAAUCUUAAUUGAAAAUGAUAA